AUGGCCCCAGAACCCAUUGCCGUAAUCGGCAGUGCCUGCCGCUUCCCAGGCGACCUGAAUACCCCCUCCAAGCUAUGGAACUUUCUCUCCAAACCCCAUGAUCUCCAGUCCCAAGUCCCAAAAGACCGCUUCAAUGUUGACGCCUUCCACCACCCCGACGGCAGUCAUCAUGGGCGUACCAACGCACGGCACGGCUACUUUCUCUCGGACAUAAAGACCUUUGACGCGCACUUCUUCAAUGUCCAAGCUGGCGAGGCCGAGAGCAUGGACCCGCAGCAGCGCCAGCUGCUGGAGGCUACAUAUGAUGCGCUGUGCUCUGCCGGACAAACUCUUGCCGAGUUGAAAGGGUCCGAUACGGCCGUCUACGUUGGCAUCAUGACUCAUGAUUUCGAGUUGACCAAGGUUGGGGACUUGGAUGCGAUUCCGACGUAUCUGGCGACGGGGGCGGCCACGAGUAUUGCGAGUAACCGAUUGAGUUAUUUUUUCGAUUGGCAUGGGCCGAGCAUGACGAUCGAUACGGCGUGCAGCUCGUCACUUGUGGCAGUCCAUCAUGCCGUGCAGCAGCUGCGCAGCGGUACGAGCAAGAUUGCUAUUGCAGCGGGUGCGAAUCUAAUGCUAUCGCCUUUAAACUUCAUUACGGAAAGCAAGCUGUCCAUGCUCUCGCCGACGGGCCGGUCGCGCAUGUGGGAUGCUGCGGCGGACGGAUAUGCACGAGGGGAGGGCAUAGCAUGCGUCGUCCUCAAAACCCUCUCGCAGGCCCUCGCCGACGGCGACACAAUUGACUGCUUGAUCCGUGAGACAGGUGUCGGUCAGGACGGCAGGACCACGGGAAUCACCAUGCCGAGCAACGUUGCGCAGGCGGCGCUCAUCCGCGCUACAUACGCCCGAGCCGGGCUGGACCUGAGUAGGCACGAGGGGCGGCCGCAGUUCUUCGAGGCGCAUGGGACCGGAACACCGGCUGGCGACCCUCAAGAGGCCGAGGCCAUAUCGACCGCUUUCUUCUCUGAUGGGACGGAGGACAUGCAGGACCUGUAUGUGGGGUCCAUCAAGACGGUGGUCGGCCACACGGAGGGCACGGCUGGUAUUGCAGGCCUGCUCAAAUGCAGUCUGGCUGUGCAGAAUGGUAUCGUGCCGCCGAACAUGCUGCUGGAGAAGCUCAACCCGCGCGUUGAGCCCUUUUGCGAGCAUCUGCGUGUGCCUAAGGAGGCGACGCCGUGGCCAGCUGUUGCAGAGGGACAGCCGCGGAGGGCUAGUGUCAACUCUUUCGGCUUCGGAGGCACAAACGCCCACGCCAUCAUCGAGGAGUAUGUUCCCGCCGCAUCCUCAACUUCCGCUUGUCCCAGCUCAACCAACGUCCUGCCGCUGGUGUUCUCAGCCCGGACGAAACGCUCCAUCAAAGCAAACAUGGAGAGCAUCCUAUCCCUCAUCAAGACAACCCCAGACAUCAACAUGACAGACCUGGCAUGGACGCUUCUACAGAAACGCUCCGUCCUCCCCGUGCGCCAUGCCAUGGCGGCCAGCAGCGUCGAGUCGCUCUGCAAGGCUCUGGAAGCCGCCGUCAAAGACGACGUGGGUCUGGAAUACACACCCAAAACCACCGAAGCCGGCCGCAUCCUCGGCAUUUUUACCGGCCAGGGCGCACAGUGGCCCGCGAUGAUGAAGCAGCUGGUCCUGCACCUUCCGUUCGUGGCGGCCGUUAUUGAUGAGCUGGACGCGGCGCUGCAAACUCUCCCCGAGCAGUACAGGCCCAGCUGGACGCUCAAGGAGCAGCUGCUUCUGGAAGGCGACGCGUCCAAUGUACGCUUGGCCGCAUACUCGCAGCCCCUCUGCGCAGCAGUCCAGAUCGUUCUGGUCAGGUUGCUGUCUGCGGCUGGUGUUGUCUUUGAAGUCAUCGUCGGCCACAGCUCCGGCGAGAUAGGCUGCGCAUACGCGGCGGGGUUCAUCAGCGCCGGCCAGGCUAUUCGUAUUGCUUACCUGCGCGGUUUUACGUCGCACCAUGCUUCCUCUCCCACCGGGCAGGUGGGUGGAAUGUUGGCAGUGGGCGCAUCCCUCGAGGAUGCGCGGGAACUAGUCGAGCUGGAGGCAUUCGCAGGCCGUGUGUGCAUCGCGGCGUGUAACUCGCCCGACAGCGUUACCCUCUCUGGUGAUAUGGACGCCCUGGAAGAGAUUGCAGAAAUCCUCCAGGACGAGUCCAAAUUCGCGCGUCUGCUCCGCGUCGACAAGGCAUACCACUCCAACCACAUGCUCCCCUGCUCGGAACCAUACAUGACCGCCCUCGCCGACUGCGGUUGUGCGGUAGCCGACGGGACCGGCACGGGCGCCAAGUGGUACUCCUCCGUGCGUGAAGGGAACAUCAUGACGAGGGCUGAUGUUACGCCGCAGUACUGGCGGGAUAACCUCGUCUCGCCCGUUCUCUUUCGCCACGCGCUGGAGCAGGCCGGGUUGGAGAAUACGCUAGAUGCUGCCGUGGAGGUCGGCCCGCACCCAACACUCCAAGGACCCGCGACAAACACGCUGGCCACUGUAAUGACGGACCCGAUCCCGUAUACCGGGUGUCUGCAGCGCGGCGGGGAUGACGUGGCUGCGUUCGCCACGGGUCUAGGGUACAUCUGGGAGCGGCUCGGCGCGCUCAACGCCGUCAACGGGACCACGUUGGUGGCGGCAAUGCAACCCACCCCGCCAGUCGACAUCUCGAAGCGUCUUCCGCCCUACGCUUGGGACCACUCGCGCGUCUACUGGUCCGAGUCCCGCGCUACCAAGGCGGCGCUGCACGGCCCGCGCCCGCAUCUCAUGCUCGGCACGGCGCUGCCCAGCAGCACGGCCACCACCCUUCAGUGGCGGAACUUCAUCCGGCCAAGAGACCACGAGUGGAUGCAGGGCCAUGAGCUCCAGGGCCAGGCGGUGCUCCCCGCUGCAGGGUACGUGGUCAUGGCGAUGGAGGCGGCAUUAUACAUUGCCGCGGGGAAGGGUGUACGGGUAGGGCUGUUGGAGAUGCUGGACCUGAGCAUUGAUAAGGCGGUCACGUUCGAUGACGCGGACAGUAUGGCGGAACUGACGCUUACUGCGAGCGUCACAUAUUCCGAUGAUGCGCAGAUCGACCUGGAGUUCGGGAUUGCCUCUUGCCUUUCCCGCGAGUCGACACUGUCUCUGUCUGCCCACGGCCGGAUUGUCGUAACCCUUGGAGAGCCCGUGUCGCUCCCUAGCCCAGGCCCGGCACCGCCGCACGCUAACCCGGUCGACAUUAGGUUGUUCUACAGAGAACUCGAUAACAUCGGCUAUGACUACAGCAACAACUAUCGCUGCGUGUACAGUAUGUUGCGGAGCACAUCGCGAGCCUCUGGCCACAUGGCACACCCGCGGCUGGUCGAUGGUGCCAACCCCAUUGUUCUGCACCCCGCCAAUCUCGACCUGGCCUUCCAGACCGUCAUGGGUGCGUACUCCUCCCCCGGCGAUAAGCGGCUGCGUUCGCUGUACGUCCCGACGCGCGUGGGGCGGAUCGCACUUGUGCCGGCUGUGUGCGCGAGCACGCUGGACUCGCUGGAAGGGGUGCGGUACAACUCUGUCAACACUCAUGAUGGCGGCGACUACCUCUCUGGUGACAUGGAAGUAUUCGACAAGGAGACCAAUGCGGUUCUGUACAGCGUUGAAAACAUGCACCUCGUGCCGCUGACUCCGCCGUCUGCAAUUGAAGACCACAGGCCGUUUACUAAGACCGUAUGGGGCCCGCUGAAUCCCGACAAGGUUCUCGAUAUUGAACGGCUGUGGGCCACGGAGCAGGACAAGGAGGUCAUUCCGAUUAUCGAGCGGGCGGUGUACUACUUUGUCCGCAAGUUUUUGGCGGAACUGACAGAAGAAGAUAGGAAGAAGGCGAGUGUGGGCAAUCAGCGGUAUAUCUACUGGCAUGAGCAUGUUCUCAAGCUUGCCAGGGACGGAAAGCAUUUGUUCUACAAGCCCGAGUGGGAGGAGGAUACGGAGCAAAGCAUCGACAAGCUCCUGCAAGAGAACUGGUACCACCCUCACCUGCGGCUGGCCAAGCUGGUCAGCGACAACAGCCUGUCAACAAUCCGCGAGAACAAGAACCCGUUUAUCUGGAUGAACGAGAACGGGCUUUUGACAGAGUUCUACACGAGCUAUUUGACCAGCGGGCCGACGUGGGAGUACGGACAGCACUUGGUCGGCCAGAUUGCGCACCGGUUCCAGAACAUGGACAUCCUGGAAAUCGGUAUUUCACCACGAUUAACUGGGGCCUCCAUCCUCGCGAUCCCGGAGCUCGGCUUCAACAGUUACACCUUCACGGACAUCUCCGCCGCGUUCUUCGAGAAAGCAAAGGAGAAAUUCUCCCCCUUCCUCGAACGCAUGGACUUCCGCAAGCUAGACAUCACUAAAUCGCCCGCAGAGCAGGGCUUCAAGACCCACGCGUACGACAUGAUCAUCGCCAGCUCCGUGCUGCACGCUACGCCUAACCUGACCGAGACCAUGGCGAACGCCCGCACCCUGUUGAAGCCCGGAGGGCAUGUGGUUAUUUGCGAAGCCACAAACAAGCAUCAUAUGCGUGUCGGGUACCUGUUUGGAUUGUUUGCAGACUGGUGGGCGGGCGUCGAUGAGGGCCGCACGUUGGACCCAUUUGCUACCCGCGAGGAGUGGGAUGCCAUUUUCAAGAAAACUGGCUUUUCAGGGAUCGACAGCGUCACAACUGACCGCGAAAGUCACCUCUUCCCCAACACCCUCCUCAGCACACAUGCUAUCACGCCCGAGCAGCUCCGCCUCGACGAGCCCCUUUCCGCCCCGCCCAAGCCGCAACACCCACAGCUUGUCAUCGUGGGUAGUGGCGCGGCCCUCGCACCCAUCAUGAGGACAAUACGCGAGCUGCUGCCGAGCCGCGACCCGCUUGUCGUGCCUAGCUUGGUCGAGUUGGCGGCUGCGGAUUUGCAGCCGAAGGCGACGUACGUGGUCCUCUCGGAGGUUGACAGCCCCAUUUUUGACGAGUUCACGGAGGAGAAGCUCGCCGCCGUGAAGAGGUUGUUCUUCGGCUCGAAUGCGGGCGGGGUGCUUUGGCUGACGGAAGACGCCUGGGUCUCUAACCCGCGCCAGGCGAUGGGAAUCGGCAUGUUAAGGUCUGUCCGCUUGGAGAACCCUGACGUUGCGUUCCAGUGUCUUGACGUGGACCGGCUCGAGGACCUGAACGCCAGAUUUCUGGUCGAGCAGAUCCUGCGCCUGGAGGAGGGUAUCCCGGAGAAUACCGUCUGGACGCUUGAGCCGGAGAUCUGCGUCGUGGACGGCCGGCCGCACGUGCCGCGCAUCAAGCAGGAUACCGCGCGGAAUCACCGGCUCAACUCUGUCCGCCGCCCGAUCCUGGAAGAGGUCGACAUCGGCACUGUCCCCGUGGUGCUGCAGAACACGCCACCCCCAGUCCUGGUCACUGGUCGGAUCUCCCGACCCCUGGGUUCACCACCCGACGCAGCCAGCCAGACAGUCCACGUGCACCACGCCACCGUCAAGGCUAUCCGCGUUCAUGGGCUGGGGUACUUCCACAUCGUCACCGGCACUACGGUGGAUGGCGCUGUGCUGGCCUUGGCGAAGGUCAACGCAUCUAUUGUCACUGUGCCGGUCAAGCAUACUUUCCCUGUAGAGAAUACCUCCGCAAACACCCUCUUAUCGUCUGUUGCAAACCUGGUCGCGCAGGGAGUAGUUGAUACGCCGCCGGGCUCGUCGGCACUGGUGUACUCCCCGCCGAGGUUCUGCGUGGAUGCGAUUAAGCAAGUCGCCGUGGCCAGAAGUGUCUCUGUGCACAUUGCUUCCGUGGAUGAGUCGGUUUCCCAGGGCAUCGUCCUCCAUCCCCGCGAUACAGAUAGGGCGAUAAAGCAGAAGAUUCCGAGUGGUAUUGCUGUCCUGUACGAUCUGUCCUCCGACAAGCAUGCCACGUCUCUCGGCCCACGACUCGCCUGCGUGACUGGCUGUGCUGCAAGGAAUUCAAGCUACAUCUUCCGCUCCAAAGCAGCGGCUUUUGCUUACUCAGACGCGCUGGAAGCAAGCCAACUGCAGCUCGUUGCCGAAUCUAUAUCCACCCCGACUUUGAAUAUAGAUAUCAUCGCAUCCUGCCCCAUCACCAAGCCCGCCGACGCGCAGGACGCCCUCGACGCGAUAGUCGACUGGAAGGCCGAGACCAAGGUCCCCGCACGCGUCAGCCCCGUGGACGCCGGCACGCUCUUCGUCAAUAACAAAACGUACCUCCUCGUCGGGCUUUCGCAGUCCAUGGGACGCUCGAUUGCGGCGUGGAUCAUCAAGCAUGGCGGACGACAUGUUGUGCUAUCCAGCCGGAAUCCUGAGACGCCCGAGACCAAGUGGCUUGAGGAUAUGGAGAGGUUGGGCGGGAAGAUUACCGUGCUCGCCAUGGAUGCAUCCAGCGCACAGUCUGUCGACGCCGGUCUCAGCACCCUCUGCGACGUACACAACUUGCCGCCAGUGGGCGGUCUGGCGUACGGCCCGCUGGUGCUCAAAGACGCGCUGCUGAAUAACAUGGACCUGGCGACGAUGGACAUGGUGCUCAACUCCAAGGUCCCCGGGGCCAAGAUCUUCCACGACCGGUUCUGCGAUCCGGAGAAGGACCCGCUUGAUUUCUUUGUCAUGUUCUCGAGUGCCGCACUGUUUGGUGGUAAUCCAGGCCAGACGAACUACACUGCUGCGAACGCGUAUUUGCAGGCGCUUGGGCAAUACAGACGCAGCAAGGGUCUCGCUGCCUCCACGAUCCACAUCGGCGCCGUGAUGGGCAUCGGCUAUCUAACCCGCAACAGUCGCGAAGCGGAAUUUCAAGAGAAAUCCGACGUCGACACGCUUGGCGAAGCCGAGUUCCUGACUCUGUUCGCCGAGGCAGUUGUAUCCGGCCGCCGGGUCAACGGCGUCGACAGCGUAUACGCCAAGAGGGUCAUCGACAUGUCAGAGACGGAGAUUGGCAGCGGCAUUCCCGCCCUGGAGUCGCGGCACAAGGAGACUAUCAAGUUCUACCAUGAUCCGAGAUUCGGGAACCUGAAGACGCCGGAAAACAGGAGCGAUGCCGCUGCUGCGGGCGACGGCAAGAUGAGUGUUAAGGAGAUGCUGGCAAUGGCGACGACAAUGGAGCAGGUUCGGGCGGCUAUUAUUGAGGGUCUUUCCGACAAGAUGCGAGGCGUGCUUCACAUCCCGCCGGAAGAGAGCGUCAACGCGGCUGCUCCUCUCCUGGACCAGGGCAUCGACUCGCUCGGUGCCAUCACCGUCGCCUCAUGGUUCUCGAAACAACUCCUUGUUGACAUCCCUAUCCUGCGCGUCCUAUCAGGCGCGUCCAUAGAUGACCUAGCAGCAGAAGGCGCCUCCCGCCUGCCCCCCGCCGCCAUCCCUCUUGUCGCCGACGCACAAGUUGCCGCAGCAGGCUCACAUGACUCUUCCACCGUGUCAUCCUUUGACGACGGCGCCUCAACCCUGCUGUCCACCCCCGACGAAGCCGGAGUCCCCUUCGAGGGCGUGGUCAGAAAGGCCCCCAUGUCGCUGACCCAGGAAUACUCCUUCACGCGGCAGGCCUCUCUCCCGGAUGUUACAAUUUCUCACAACACCAUCGGAGUGAUCAUGGAAGGCAGUCUAAGCACCGAAAAGCUCGCCCAGGCCGUAACAGCAGCCGCCACACGUCACGAUACCUUCCGCACGGCCUUCCGGCCCUCGGAGUCGUCCCCUACACCGCUGCUGCACGUCCUCUCUGCCCCGACCUGGGGCCUGCACGCCGUCUCCGUAGCAUCACGCGACGAGGCAGAGGCCGAGCUGGCCAAGCUGCAGAAGGAGCCCUACGAUCUGGAGAGCGGCGAAACCUUCAAGACCGCCCUCUUCACCUGGUCGCCCACAUCCCACCUCCUUGUGCUCGCCUACCACCGCCUGGCUGGCGACGGCUCCACUACCGAAAACCUCGUCGCAGAGCUCUCGCAGCUCUACACCGACGCUGUCCUACCUCCUGCACCGCAGUACACCGACUUCGCGGUCAAGCAACGCAACCUCCUUUCCUCGGGGGGUAUGGACGCGUCUAUCGCGUACUGGACCGGUCUCUACACACCUGUCCCCGCCCCGCUUCCCCUUCUCCCCCUCCCCGGCGCGAAGAGCGCCCGUGGACCUGUGAGCUGGGACCAGCACACGGCCAUGUCCCGCUUGUCUGCUGUGCUUGCCUUUAGGCUCAAAGAGCGUACAAAGAAACUCCGCACUACGCCCAUGACCUUCUAUCUUGCUGCGUACGCUGCGCUUCUUUCAGACCUUUCCAAGCAGGAGCAGGUGUCCAUUGGUUUGGCAGACACUAACCGCUCGUCUGUGGCUGACCUGUCCACCAUGGGGUACUUUGCAAACCUGCUGCCCUUGCGCCUCACCUCCUCCGGCACCUUCACGGCCACAAUCGAAUCCGCCAAGGAGGCGGUGCGGCAGGCCUUGUCACACUCCGUCGUCCCACACGACUUGAUCUCCUCUCGUCUGGGGCUCGAUAACGUCUCGCCGCAGGAGAUGACGCACGCGCCACUCUUCCAGGCCGUCUUCGAUUACCGCCAGGGGGCCACAGAGUCCGGCACCAUCGGGGGUGCGAGCAUCGUUGAGGUGCUGGCAAGCCGCGAAUGUACGCCGUAUGACGUUGUGUUGGAGAUGAGUGAUGAUCCUACCAAGGAUCCUCUUGUUACCGUUAAAUUGCAAAGCAGCGUGUAUGGGGAGGGUGAUGCCAAUGUGUUUCUUGGCAGGUAUAUUGAGUUAUUGACAGCCUUGUGCAAGGGGGAGGCCGUGUAA